ACCGCAUCCACCCGGCUCAGCCCGGUACCUGCGCAGUAUUGCAACUCACCGCGCCUGACUUUCCAAAUACCUCGUCAAUCGUUUCCACUAGUUCACCGCGGGAUGGAAUCCCCCACGGCAUAACAAAUAGGAACUCUAGCAUCCCGACCAUUUGUGUCACGUCAGGGGUAGGAAAAGGAAAAAAAGAGAGAGAGAGAAAAAAAUAAAAGGUACUCGGCAUGGGCCUCGCGCACCUGCUCGUCGACCUCGCCGCCGUCGCGAGCGCGUCGCGUGCGGUGGCGAGCAAGCACGUGGCGCUGAGAGCCAGGCAGGUGGAGAGGUACAGCCGCGGGUCCGACGUUGUCGGGGCCGUCCUGGGGAGGAGGCAGAGGCAGGGUCGGGAGGGUCAGCAGCAGGCACAGAGUCCAGAACCAGCGGCAGCGGCAACGGCGGAGCAGCAACAGCAGCAGCAGCCACGACAGGAAGCCGAAGCCGGAGCCGAAGCCGGGGCAGGGAGCGGUCAAGGGGCGGAAGAAGAGCGGGCCGCGGGGGAGCCGGGGCUGCGGGUUGACGAGACGCCCGUUGCAAGGCCGGAUGCCGAGACGAGUUCUGUGUCGGCUACGGGGUCAGAGGGUAAGGUCGAGACUCGCGGCCGAGAGGGUGCAAUUGGGCAAGCGGCGGAGGGCCGGAGAGAUGAAGCGCCGCGGGCAAGCGGAGGGAGCUCCGAGUUUAAGCCUGCCCCGUGGGCGGACGGUGGCAUCGCGCUUUUAAAGCAGGGCUUUGUGCCUCCGAAGCGGCCUCCACAACUGUUGAGGAAGCCCGCGGUGGGCAUACCCGGGAUCGAUCUUAGCCAUUUCCGGACUAAAGAAGGAUCGCAGAUCCUGGAAGUUUUGAAGGAGAUGGAGGAAAAGGGGGGGGAUGAAGUUCGAAAGCCGGCCGCGUCUGUCGAUGCAACUAGCGGAUCUCUCGCGGAGAACACUGGAGGGACCGAGGAUCACGAGGGAAGAAGAGAGCAGGAAGUGACCGCGCCGCCAACAUCACAUCGGGAACGGGAACGGGCGUCUCCCCCGGCGCCAGAACAAGCCGCAGACAAACCGGUCCAAGUUGACCCUGCAAAAAGUCAAGCCGAGACGACGGAGCAUGGAGCAAGAUCGGCAGAGGAAGCUCCGGCAAGCUGGGCCCCUGAAGCCGCCGAAAAGAAACCACCUUCCCGAGAAGACGCGAGCAUCAUCUCGGACCUGGCCAAGCCAAACCCUCUCUCCUCGGGCGCUGCUGCCGCCUACCAGCUCCGCGAGUCGGCCGUUCCCUCCACCCGGAUCGGCCGGCUCUGGAACUACGGCGGCCUCGCGGCAGGCAUGUUUGCGGGCGCGAUAGGAGAGGGCCUCAGCCGGGCCAUUGGCGGCGGUGGCUCGGGCCCGGUGAUGCUCAACGCGGCCAACAUGGAGCGGCUGGUAGCCAAGCUCUCGCGGAUGCGCGGCGCCGCUCUCAAGCUCGGGCAGAUGAUGAGCUUCCAGGACGCCAAGAUGCUCCCGGCGCCUAUCCAGGAGGUCCUGCAGCGGGUCCAAGACCGCGCCGACUACAUGCCCGGCUGGCAGCGGGACCGCGUCCUGGCGGCCAACCUGGGCGAGAACUGGCGCGACCUCUUUUGCGAGUUCGAGGACAAGCCGAUCGCCGCGGCCUCCAUCGGCCAGGUCCACCGCGCGACCCUCAAGUCCAGCGGGGCCCGGGUCGCCGUCAAGAUCCAGUUCCCCGGCGUGGCCGACUCGAUCAACUCGGACCUCGACAACCUCGCCAUCCUUCUCGCCGCCACCAAGCUCCUGCCCAAGGGCCUGUACCUCGACAAGACCAUCGAAAACGCCCGGACGGAGCUGGCCUGGGAGUGCGACUACACCCGCGAGGCCGAGUGCGCCGAACGCUACCGUGACCUCCUCCUCACCCGCCCCUCUUCUUCGUCGUCUUCUUCUUCCUCGCCUCCGAAAGAGGAAUCCGUCUUCUCGGUCCCGCGCGUCUACCGCGAGGCCAGCGGCCCGCACGUGCUGACGAUGGAGUUCAUGGAGGGCACGGCCGUGACGCGGAUCGCCUCCUUCACGCAGGCGCAGCGCGACUGGAUCGGCACGCAGAUCCUGCGCCUCUGCCUGCGCGAGAUCACCGAGUUCCGCUUCAUGCAGACGGACCCCAACUGGACCAACUUCCUGUACAACGCGGGCACCGGCAAGCUGGAGCUGCUCGACUUCGGCGCCUCGCGCGAGUACCCGGACCGCUUCGUCACCCUCUACGUCCGCCUGCUCGAGGCCGCGUCGCGCGCCGACCGCGCCGCCGUCAAGCACCUGAGCGAGCAGCUCGGCUACCUGACGGGCCACGAGAGCAGGUCCAUGCUCGACGCCCACGUCACCAGCGUGCUGACCCUGGCCGAGCCCUUCCUGCGCGACGCCCCGGACGUCUACGACUUCCGCGACCAGACCAUCACCGAGCGCGUCAAGGCCCAGAUCCCCGUCAUGAUCCGCGAGCGCCUGGCCCCGCCCCCCGAGGAGACCUAUAGCCUGCACCGGAAGCUGAGCGGCGCGUUCCUCUUGUGCGCCCGUCUGGGCAGCCGGGUCAGGUGUAGGGAGCUGUUCGAGGAGGCCCUGGCCAAGACCGGGUAUAUCCAGACAUGACGGGGUUAAUUAAGGAGGAGGGGAGGGAAGGGAACCGCCCUAUCUGUUUUUUGUUAUUUGUAAUUGCAAUGUGAAUAAUACCGUGUACAUAUAUGUAUGUAUAUAUAUAUAUAUAUAUCGAACCCACCACCCUGCUGUUUCAAGUUGUAACUGUCAAAAUAGACGGAAACAUGGUUAUGUACCA